CUGAUGUUGGCAUUACUGUCAAAUGUCCAAACUUCCGGUUUGAGAAAACCUUGCAUUUUGUUGAGUUUUUAGUUAAACUUAGAGCUCUCCGAGCCAUUCUGCUACAAAAUGGAUUGGCAAUUAACAUGUCGAGUGUGUUUAGAAUCUGGGGAUAUGGUUUCCCUCUUUGAUUGGGACGAAAACAACGAACAACUUGGCGACAAGUACACCUACUGCUGCGGCGUGGAGGUGUCCAAAAAUGAUAGUUUGCCCACGCUAAUAUGCUUGCAUUGCGUCGACCGACUGACUUUUGCUUAUCAAUUCAAACAACAAUGCCUUUCAUCAAACGAUACGCUAAAAGAAUGUUUGGAGGAGUUCAAGAAGAGUUCUCAGGCAGUGUCGGGAGCCGCUACAUCCAAAGUAGGUAACACAGAAACAGAAACCAUAACAAUAAAGCAAGAGAAUGGUUUGCUGCUGCAAUAUGAGCUGCCAGUGGAACAUGACCCUGCGGGACAGUGGACCCGCACCCUGGUCAAGACUCCGAGCAGUGCGGUGGUCACCAAAGCCCCCGGUCCACGCAAGAGAGGCCGACCCAGGAAAUAUCCUAAUGAACAGGGACAGAUUGAACUUUCACCAUACCAACGUAAGAAGCCGAAAAGUCAAGAAAAGGAACAGGAAUCCUUGACCACACUCCUUGCAACUGGUUCUUUGGACCUCAAGCAGGAGCCUGUGGACCCUGAGGAUGAUGCAUUCGGUCAAGAUGGUGAGCCCCAUCAAUUCCCUAUUGAAUUUGGCAGUGCAGAUGAUGAUCCAGAUUUUGAACCAGCAGCUGAGGAAGAGCCUGAAUCAGAACCAGAAACUAAAGAGGUGCAACCUCAACCCCGCAAGCGUGGAAGGCCGCGUAAGAACCAAGAACAAAAACAGAUUAAGCCAAAAACUGAGGAUGGUGAAGAUGUCCUCCUCAAGGAGACGAUCCUGGCCUUCUCAGAACCCAUCCCUGAACACAUUCUGAACCCCAAACCCAAGAAGAAGUAUCAGACUAAGAAGAAAUACGUUUAUGAAAAGACCCAUACAUGUGAAACUUGCGGUGCUUCGUUCACAUCUAACGCGUCGCUACAAGCACAUAUACGCCGACAUCUCGGUAUCAAGCCAUUUGUAUGCAGUGUUUGCGGGUACGCGUGCGUUCUGAACAUGGAGUUACGUCGCCACAUGAUGCGACACACGGGCGUGCGCCCCUACAAGUGUCGCGUCUGUGACCGACGCUUCGGGGACUUUGGCAGUCGGCAGAAACAUGAGAGGUUACACAUGGGAGUUCGUCCUUACCAGUGCUCGCUGUGCGGCAAGUCGUUCACAUACUCCUACGUGCUCGCCAACCAUAUGCUGACACAUACUGGGGAGAAGAAAUAUUCCUGCGGUCCGUGCAACAAGAAGUUCACGAAGGCCCACCACCUGAAGUACCACAACAAGGUGCACCACAAGGACCUGUACAUCCAGCAGCAGCUGGAGCUGGAGGCCAAGAAGAUGCGCCAGCAGAUCAACGUCACCGGCCUCUCUGGGGUCAUAUCUGGACAGAUUGUGGAUGGAACGCUGCAACUCAUACAUGCUGCGUCUGAAGAUGGAGGUGAAGAGGCACAGAUGCAGGUUGUAGAGGAAGGUGACGAAGGAGGCGAUGAUUCCGAGAAGGAGACUGACCGAGCCGUCGCCGGCAUGCAAGCUGUCGUGCUCGACGCAGAAUUUUGUAUGGACGAGGACGUCAAAGGAGAAUGAUUGAAGUAUAAAAAGUUUAUAGGUAUUUAAUGCACUUAGAUAAAAUGUUAUAUUCAUUACUAGAAGGUCAUAUUAUAAACUCAUAAUUAAUAUAACCACAAAUAUAUUAUUUGUCCCACGAAAUGUGUAUAAUGGGCAUAAAUAUAUGUGUAUAUAGAUAUACUAAAGUAAAAUGUAUAGACUGGUUAAUUUUCUUUCAAGUAAUUUAGUUGGUAUUAUAUAAAUGGUUAAGUGCGAGCUUUCCUGUAAAGUAAAUGAAAAUAUGAAUUUCGAUUCUAUGGAAAAGUUAAUUCUAUUUUUCGAAGUUUCGAAGGUUUAUGGUUUAGAUUAGACGAAUGGCGACGCACUAAAAAGUAAAACUUUAAAAUGUUUCACAAUAAUUGCACUAUCAUUUUAAUAUCUGUAAUAAAUCAACAGAAUACAAGAAUACUACUUAUGGGAUCUUCUAAUGCACUUAAAACUAAACUGGAACAAGAAUUGGCAUUAAUUUGUUGUUGAUUGCAUGAUUUUAGAAAUUGUAUGCAAUUGUAAUAUGCAAAGAUUUUUACAAGUAUGAUGUAUCAUAUAUUUUGUUUUAACUGUUUAAAACUUCAUGAAGUUUGAGAAUUCAGGUUUUUAAGCUUAACCGUGACGUAUUUUGUCACUAUCUUUCUAAUUUAGAAAGUAUUAGAAAAUUGGGAACUGUUAGGUAUAUUGUAAAUAGUAAGUACAUAUUAUAUUUUAUUCAACAUGCAUUAUUCUAUUCUACAUGACAUAACUGCCGGGUAAUAUUGUUAGAAAUACCGAUCAGGAUGAUUAAAUGUUCUAACUAGGUAAGGCGUCCACAGGUCCGCAUCGUACGCAUCGCAUCAUCGUCAAUGCCUACAUGCGAUGCGUACCGAUGACGUCAUACGGAAUGCGUACGAUGCGGGUCUGUGGACGCUUACCUUUAAGGCCAUUUCACUUAUCUAUCCGUAGUUUUUUAGUAGACAUUGCAUUUGGACAUAAUCCAUACAAAAUGGGUAAUAAAUUUAACUUUAGUAACCAUAUCUACGGAUAUCUAGGGUAUUGGUCAAACCAAACGUUUAUUUAUCUUGAUCUAAAGCAUAUAUCUCGAUAAUAGGUAUUAACGCACAGUUAAUAGUUUUUUAAGUUAUUGUCGUAUUACUACGUUUGUAUAUAAAAGUAUGUAUUAUAAUUAUCCAUUAAUGUUUUAAAACUUAAAUGUUUAAACUUGUCUUCUCAUUGUAUUUCUCCUUGCUUGGUCGAAUGGUCGCAAGUGGGGAGUACUAGACACCAGGGGCCUUAGUCUGCUAUUACAAUUGUGUCAGAAUGGUCGAUCACUGAGCAGUGCAAGAGGGACGGAGCUAUGUAGGUUGUAUAGCUCCAUCCCUCUUGCACUGCUCAAUGAUCGACCAUUCUGACACAAUUGUAAUAGCAGACUAAGGCCCCAGGCCUUGAGUGUGACUCUAUCACGAGUGGAUGGAGUCAGACUCGACGCCAAAGUUCAGCAAAUAAUUGAAGUAUUUCGAUUUUGACAUUCUCAGUACAAUCUUUCUUAUCGUCUUCGGGAAAUAAUACGUUAUGUAAAUAAAGACAAAAUCGAAGGAACUUUGAACAUAGUAAUUUUUAUGUAUUUUUAGUGAUAGUUAGGUAUUGUAAUUGAUUAUAUUACCUAUGUACUAAGCAAGCACCAGAUGCUAUGUAGCGUAGCGCGCUAUAGUUAUACGAAUUAUGUUAAAAACAUAAUAUUAUGUUGAAUGUUAUUGUAACAUGUUUGAGGUCGGAGUUAUCUAGUAUAUAAAUAAAGAUCAUGGUAUAUAAA